AUGUCAUCAAUUCUCCGCCAGAUAGUCGCCGGUCCAAGACAACAACACCCAGAAGCAGGACUAGAUCUCUGCUACGUCACAGACAAUGUGAUUGCAACCUCCGGUCCAUCAGCAACAUACCCACAACGCGCCUACCGCAACCCACUAGACGCCCUAGUCAACUUCCUCGAUACAAAACAUGGCGCAAACUGGUGCAUCUGGGAAUUCCGUGCUGAAGGCACAGGAUAUCCGGACUCAGAAGUCUACGGACGCAUCCACCACUUCCCGUGGCCAGACCACCACCCACCGCCAUUCGCGCAUAUUCCAAACAUAAUGGGCAGCAUGCGGAACUGGCUACAACGACUCGACAAGGAAAAAGAAUCACCAAACACAGACACGGACAAAAACGAACGAGUCGCCGUCGUGCACUGCAAAGCAGGCAAAGGACGCAGCGGGACGAUCGCGUGCGCAUACUUGAUUAGCCAGGAGGGGUGGAAGAAGGAAGACGCGCUGCAGCGGUUUACGGAUCGACGUAUGCGGGUCGGUUUCGGGAACGGCGUUAGCAUCCCCAGCCAGCUGCGGUAUGUCGGGUACAUCGAUAAGUGGACAAAUGAGCUGGGGAAGCAAUAUGUCGAGCGGCCGGUGGAGAUCCUAGAAGUUCACAUCUGGGGGUUGAGGAAUGGGGUUAAGGUUGCGGUGGAGGGGUAUGUGGAUGAGGGGAAGAAAAUCAAGUGUGUUCAUCUGUUCCAUCGGAAUGAGCGCACCAUCGUUGAAGACGGGGGUUCGACGUCUGAGGAACAAGAUUCUGGCAAGGGGAACGAGCCCACCACACCAAAUCCCGCCCCCAACCCCAAAAUCGAGAACCCACUCCCUUCGUCUGCGACCUGGUCCCCGGCCGUAUCAGGAUCCGACGUCUCUGGCUCAUCGUCCUCGGCGGGUAACAGUAUCUCGGCAAUAAUCUUCAAGCCCAACAAGCCAAUCAUUGUCCCCAGCUCGGAUGUGAACAUCGACUUCGAGCGCCGCAGCAAAGCAUCCUACACAGGCUUCGCGAUGGUAACGUCGAUCGCGCACGUCUGGUUCAACCCCUACUUCGAAGGCGGAGCCGAGCACGACUCGGGCGUCUUCGAGACAGAAUGGGACGCGAUGGAUGGGAUCAAGGGAAGCGCGAGGAAGGGGAUCCGCGCGUUAGACAAGCUGAAAGUUGUAUGGCGAUAUCCUGCCGCAGAGACUGUGGAAGCCAGUGCAGCGAGUAAAGACAAGGGGAAAGGGAAGAAGAGCGAGGACAGCGUGCCGGUAGCUGGGAGGCCGAUUAGCGAGCCCAAGCCCGGUGAUCCCAUCCAUGAAAGCGAGCCGCCUGACUGGCGUGGACUGCCACAGGGAGAUGAGAAAGAGAACCGGCGUCCUUCUGAGAGCUCGUCACAUAAAAGUACUGCUGCGAGUAUCUCGGACAAGACUAAGGAGCUGGGACAUGCGCUGGAGAAGGAACUUGGACUGCGGAAGCAGACGGGUGAUAGUCGAGAUGUUAGUCUUGCUGGGAGUGAUGAUGAGACCACAACUACUACCGAUGAUGAAGGCCGGAAGGUCAAUGCUAAGAAGGUGUAUAGUAAAGAGCUUGAGGGAGUGAAGGCGAAUUAUGCGAAGAAUGGGGGGACAUAG